AGGUAUUUGCCUCUCUUUUUUCAUAAACUCGUUUUUUAAAUAUAUUUUUGUUGUUCAAACAAUGAAAUUAGGCAAUUCUGAAGGUAUAGAUCAUAGAAGAAUGGCAGAUCUGUUCUUGAAACAAGCAAAACAAUACUGGAAGACUCGCCCAGGUUAUCCACAACAACUCUUUGAUUUCAUCGCCUCCAAGACGCCCUGCCAUGACUUCGUUUGGGACGUUGGCACUGGCAGCGGUCAGGCUGCCGUCUCCCUUGCAAGCAUGUACAAGAGUGUAAUGGGCACAGAUACAAGCAAAAAUCAACUAGAAUUUGCCCCAAAGAUUCCCAACGUUCGUUACAAAUGUACUUCUCCCAAUAUUUCCAUGUUUGAAUUAGAAGAGAAGAUUGGGAUAGAGUCGAGUGUCGAUUUAGUUACAGUAGCUUCAGCGCUCCAUUGGUUUGAUCACGACGCCUUUUACAGUCAAGUCAAAUGGAUACUAAAGAAACCGAAUGGUGUAUUCGCAGCAUGGUGCUACACUGAUCCGAAAAUUGAUGACGAAUUCGAUCGUGUGUUCAAAAAAUUUUACGUAGAAUCAAAACCUUAUUGGGAAAAGGCACGUGGAUUUGUGGAUGACAAGUAUAGUAGCAUCAAAUUUCCAUUUGAUCCAGUGGAUGGAUGUGAUCACACCGGUCCGUUUGAGUUUGAAACGAAGCAGAUGAUGAAUUUGGAUGGGUUCUUUAUGUACAUUAGGUCAUGGUCAGCGUACCAAACGGCAAAAGACAAGGGUGUGGAGUUGCUGAGCGAUCGUGUGAUUGAGGAAUUCAGAAAUGCUUGGAAGGAAGACACAAAUGUAGAAAAGUGCGUCACGUAUCCAAUUUAUCUAAGGAUUGGGAAAGCUGAAGACACGGUUAAACAGGCCAUAUGAUUUGCAUGUUAAGUCAGUGAUAUGAACAAUAAUUAGUGAAGUAUCUCACAACUGGUAUGAUGUAUUCUGGUAAGGGGUGAUUGUCUUUUGUA